AUGGGGGCUUUACGCACCGUGGGGUUGGUGAUCCUGGCGAUCUCGGCCUUCACGUUUGUCGCAUUAUUUGGCAGGCUGCCGGCGUUCAGAAAAACCCCUGUUGCUUUCCUUCACCGCGUACUGUGGGUGUAUCUGCCCAAUGGAAUUGCGGUUGUUGACAACGGUUGGUUUGGGGGACGGGGGGUGCGGUGCUGGACCCGAUCCGGCAGUUAUGUAUUGAAGGAGAACCACCCCUUGGUUCUAAUCUUUUUCACUUCUUUGAUGGUUAUUGGGGAAUGUGUCUUUAUCCCGGCUGCGUGGCCCCGACUGUCGACUGUCCAUCGAUUCUGCGUGCCUGUUGUCAUCACUCUACCAUAUGUCUUACUGUACAAAUGCGUGGUAACCAAGUCCUUCAUCACAGAGGAGAAUCACGAUGAAGAGAUGAGACGCUACCCUUACGACCGAGUUCUCUUUCACCCAGGGCAUCGCUGCAGCACUUGUGACUUCCUGAAGCCCGCACGCAGCAAACAUUGCAGCUUUUGCAAUGCAUGCGUGUCUCGGCAUGACCACCAUUGUGUCUGGCUGAUGAACUGUGUCGGGGCCAAUAACUGCGUGUACUUCCUCUCGCUCCUGGUCUCCCUCUCUGUAAUGUUGAUCUACGGGUCUUACUUGGGGAAAGCUUUACUCUCCGAGUCCAUGGAGCAGCUAGUUCCACCCGAGGUCAAAGUGGCCAUGCAAAGCUGGACAACAUGGAUCAACACGUGGGGUGUUCUGGUUGCGACUGUUCCGAAGAUCGGGACGGUGUUCAUGUUGAUGCUGAUGACUGCUCCAUUGGCGGUCUCCUUCCUGGCAUACCAUACCUAUCUUAUUUGGGCUGGUACAACAACCAACGAGACCUCCAAGUGGUCUGACUGGAAAGAGGAUGUGGACGAUGGCUUGGUAUUCAAGACUCAGCGAAGCCUCAUCUUCGAGAACCCCCUUCCGAUGACCCCUCAUGACCGGAUGUGGCCGGUACAUACAGAUCAGAUCCUUGUCACUGAUGAGGACCCCCCGACCGAAGGAUGUCUGUUGAUGUCUAAUUCCAACUGUAUCGCCCAUCGCCCGGGUUCAGACUUACCCCCGGAUCCCCGCUGGAAGCGACUACACAGCAUGAAGGAAGUGGACAAUAUCUAUGAUAUGGGCUUUUGGAAUAAUCUGCGAGAUGUGAUAGGACUCUCUGUCCGUCGAUCUAUAACCGAUUAA